UCAGUGCAGCUACCCGACGGGUGCCAGACCAGUUCGAAACGUAUAUAAGGAAAAGUGUCGUGACGAAAAAUUUUGGUUUCGCUUUUUCACUGCGCUCUGUGGCGAAACCCGCACCACCAUUCAUUGGCUGGCUCUGCUGGGGGAAUCGAAAAUCCUGCGUAGGAGUUCCGUCUUCUGGCGUAUUCCGUCGUCGUCGUCGUUUUCGAUUGCUAAAAGCUACACGCGUUUCCGUCAAUCUUUUUCCUUCCUUCAUCCCCAUCUUGUGUUGCUCCGGUUGUUACGAAGUGAAAAAUCUCUUGUGUGUAAAUUUUUGCCUUGCCAUCUUUCGUCUUGCUACGUUUCCGCUCCCAAAAUUCACAUUGCAAGUUUAUAAUAGUUAAGCAUCCAAACACCGUUUAGAAUCCCCCUGUCGAAGUCGAAACACGAAAGUCUACUAUUGGCUACAAGUGGAACCGUCGCAGCUGACCACUUGUGGAACCAUAUUGAACUUAUCCGGAAUUAUUACAUCCCAUACGCGUUCCGGAAAACAGGACAGUACACCUUGGGGGUGCUAGGCGUAGGAAGCAGCUGACCAGUAUUUUGCAACACCGGAAGUGUCUCCCGGUCUGUCCCCAAUCAUGGCCCUCAGUCAGACGUCGGUGCUCAAACUGUACAACACUGUUAUUGAUGAUGUUAUUGCCGGCGUGCGAGAUGCAUUCCUCGACGAGGGAGUUGACGAACAGGUGCUACAGGAGAUGAAACAGGUAUGGACGGCAAAAUUGAUGGCGAGCAAGGCCGUCGAAACGACUCCAGACCCUUCGGAUCAGCCACCGUCAAUUCUAGCGAAGUCCGUGUCGAACUCAAAGUCCAAUGGUACCAAAAAGGCGAAAGCUGCGGCUGCAGCUGCUGCCGCCGCCGCCAACCAGGAAAACCAGAAUGGAACCGCAAAAUCAACCACCACCAACACAACACCCGCUAUUCAACCAGCUGCUGUCAAGCCCGAACCGGUGACUGAAACGCAACAAAUGUUACCAGCAGUUCAACAUCAACAGCAGCCGCAACAACUUCAACCACCACCACUAGCACAGGCUCAUCCCUCGUUGCCACAACCUGCUGCAGUACAACCACCACCAGCACAACAGCCAGCCGCUCCGGCAGCAGUCGUGGCCGCUCUUGAUCCCAAUAAAAUGGUCGCAAUUCAGAUAACCCUACCAGCACUGCCAAACGUACCAAACUCACAACCCAGAGUACUGACAAUUCAGGUACCGGCAUCUGCGCUCCAAGAGAAUCAACUACAGCAAGUACUCACUGGACCCAUCAUCACCUCAAUCAUGCCUCUACCGCCACAAAUUGCCUCGUCGGUCCUUCAGCAGCAUGUAAAUUCAUAUCUGCAAAACAACACAAUGAACACAAUUCAAAUUCACAAACAGAUGGAUGGAGCUUACGAUAUGCAUAUGGACACAACUGCUGAGGUAGACCACCAGGCUCCGGUGUUUGCGCUUUCCGAAGUGUUAGAUCACCAUCUGUUAUCCAGAAUGGCACACAAUGAAACGAUAGUAUCUCAAACCGAUUCUGUUCCAUCGACAUCGGGAACCUGCGCAGAAGGAGCAAUCCGUAAGAAGAAGUUCAAAAACCGCAGGAGAGUUAUGAUCGAAAUCAGGCACCAGGUUGAUGGUGCAGUCGACACGUCGGACGAAGAAGCGAGUGAUAUAAGUGACGACAACAUCGGAGACGACGACGAAGAUGACCUGGACAAGGAGGACGAUGAAGAUCUGGAUGGCGAAGGCGGCGCUGAGGAAGAACCCCUGAACAGCGAGGAUGAUGUGACCGAUGAAGAUGCUUCCGAUUUGUUCGAUACGGAUAAUGUCGUCGUUUGUCAGUAUGAUAAGAUUACAAGAUCGAGAAAUAAGUGGAAGUUUUAUCUAAAGGACGGUAUUAUGAACAUAACCGGCAAGGAUUACGUAUUCCAAAAAUCCAACGGAGAUGCUGAAUGGUGAAGCGGAUCAAAAGACAAACCAUUGUGUAAGCUCAAAAUGUGUGAAACUAGUAGGUAUUCGAUUAUUCCUACUUGGCUGGUUGAUGGCUGCAGAGAGACGGGUCUGAGUACUAAUUCAUCAACGGGAUAUCUUUGUUCUAAGCUUCGGUAAAACAUACAAAAUUUGAUUUAACUUAUCUAUGUAUUUAGCCCAGUAUCACUAUAGAGAUCACACUUAUCCCACGACAAACAAGCAAGUGUCGAACGAAAAAGGAGCCUUACAAAAAAUGCCUAAAGAUUUCUCCAAACAAAUUACACAACUUAGUUGCGAACCUUGGUUGCGUAGCAAAUCUAUACAUAAAGCGUUUUAGUAUAAUAUUGUGUAAAAACAUGUUGAAGAAAUAUGCACAUUUUAGUUGAAAUCACAUCUAGCAGCUUCUAGGUUUACAGUACCUUCUUUCUCUAGUUGUUGAGUUGGUUUCCCCAUGGCUGUUUCAAUGAACAGUGUAGGAUAGGAAGACAAACAAAACAAGUCUACUACAAAGCCACAAAAAAUGGCGGAUUAGCAUUAGUCCAAACUAAUAUAAUAACUACCAACAUACCAAGUUGUGUAUCUCAACAAAAUCGUUUGUCUAAAUUUUCAAGCUGCUUUGGAUGGAUUGGAAGUACGUCAACACGGUUUGAUUUGUACCAAAAAUCAUCAUUGUUAUACUUGGAAAACUAAUCAAAGUAAAUAUGGUAAAUAAACAUAAGUAAUUUCAUGCAGUGCA